AUGAGAACUUUUCGAAGAAGAGAAUAUUUAGUUCUUACAUACCCUCAAUCUAUUUACAGAUAUUUCUUGCGUGUUUGUUUUUCUCUGUAUUCACUUCUUUCUUUCCGUCUGUCUGUCUGUCUGACAUGUUUGCGUCUUUUCUUUCUUUCUCGUCAUCGUUUCUACUUGCUUGACUUCUUUCAAACAUUCUAUCUUUUAUUCCUUUUUGGCUUCCUUUUAAUCUUGAUUACCUUCUUUUCAAAAUUUGUCAUCUGGAUCUCGCAUCAAUAUUUUAUUCUAUCUAUCUAUCUAUCUAUCUAUCUAUCUAUCUAUCUAUCUAUCUAUAAACCUGAUCUAUCUAUCUAUCUUAUUCUGUUCAUAUCUAUCUAUGUCCCCUUUAUGCAUCUAUCAAUCUAUUUAUCUAUAUAUCUAUCUACUCAUUCUGUUCAUAUCUAUCUCUCUAUAUAUCCUUUUAUGCAUCUAUCUAUCUAUCUAUCUAUCUAUCUAUCUAUCUAUCUAUCUAUCUAUCUAUCUAUCUAUAAACCUGGCUGUCCGUGUGUUUAUAUCUAUCUAUCUAUCUAUCUAUCUAUCUAUCUAUCUAUAAACCUGAUCUAUCUAUCUAUCUUAUUCUGUUCAUAUCUAUCUAUGUCCCCUUUUAUGCAUCUAUCAAUCUAUUUAUCUAUAUAUCUAUCUACUCAUUCUGUUCAUAUCUAUCUCUCUAUAUAUCCUUUUAUGCAUCUAUCUAUCUAUCUAUCUAUCUAUCUAUCUAUCUAUCUAUCUAUCUAUAAACCUGGUCCGUGUGUUUAUAUCUAUCUAUCUAUCUAUCUAUCUAUCUAUCUAUCUAUCUAUCUAUCUAUAAACCUGAUCUAUCUAUCUAUCUUAUUCUGUUCAUAUCUAUCUAUGUCCCCUUUUAUGCAUCUAUCAAUCUAUUUAUCUAUAUAUCUAUCUACUCAUUCUGUUCAUAUCUAUCUCUCUAUAUAUCCUUUUAUGCAUCUAUCUAUCUAUCUAUCUAUCUAUCUAUCUAUAAACCUGGUUGUCUUUGUAUGUUCAUAUUUCUCUGUGUACCUAGCUAGGUCCGUGUGUUUAUAUCUAUCUAUCUAUCUAUCUAUCUAUCUAUCUAUCUAUCUAUCUAUCUAUCUAUCUAUCCUUUUAUGCAUAUAUCAAUCUAUCAAUGUAUGUAUCUAUCUAUCUCAUUCUGUCCGUGUGUUUCUAUCUAUCUAUCUAUCUAUCUAUCUAUCUAUCUAUCUAUCUAUCUAUCUAUAUAUCUAUAAACCUGAUCUAUCUAUCUAUCUUAUCUAUCUAAUUCUCUUCAUAUCUAUCUAUAUAUCCUUUUAUGCAUAUAUCAAUCUAUCAAUGUAUGUAUCUAUCUAUCUCAUUCUGUCCGUGUGUUUCUAUCUAUCUAUCUAUCUAUCUAUCUAUCUAUCUAUCUAUCUAUCUAUCUAUCCCUACGCCAUUUUCUUCUUUACUUCUCAAUAUAUCUCCUUUCUCUCUCCGACAUUUUCCUUUCCCCUUUUACUUAAGUUUUCUUUCCUUUUUUCCAUUCUUCCUCCACGAAGAAAUCGUUUUGCCUCAUCAAGUGAUCUACUGAAUCAUCAGCCAUUCAUUGAUCAAUCCAUCGAUCUUUCAAUCGCUCACAGUGAAUCGGUGUGA